AGAGCUAGAAGUACAAAAAUAGGUAAGAAAGGCUCACAUCACUAUAUAAAUUGUUUUACGAUAAACUCUCACAUCUCACAUAGAUGGCAGCUCAAAUGAUUUAUUUUGUCCACAAAUUUUUAUCAACAAUUUCAUUAACAUUAAAAAAAUAUAUGAAAAAGAGAUUAUUUGUAUUUAUUAUCUGUAUUUAUAUUAACCAAAUUGGAUUAAUAGUUUCGAUGUAAUGUCACUUUGUAAACAGUUCUUUACCAUACAGACUUUUUUUUGUAUAUACGACGCUGGCGCCGCCACUUGGCAAAUUAUUAUAUUUACAAGUAAUAACGCGCUUAAAUGACGCGCGGUACGUGUGACAACUGACAAUAGAUAACGAAAUGAUGCAAGUUUCAUAAAAUUGCAUUAAUGUUUUUUCGUAUCGCUUUUAAUUUUUCCGAAAUAUUUCUUACUGCAAAGUUACUCACUAAUGAAAUGAAACAAUGUGUACUCGAGUAAUAAUAUUAUAUAAAUAUCGUAUUGUCUUGUACAUAAUACAAUUGUAAUACUUCAAAUAUACAAUGAAGUUAUUAAUUUUUAUUCCGCAAACUUUUAACAGCGAAAAAUCUGGCUAUGUGUUUGGUAAAGUUAUAUAUGACAGGCAUAGGGAUAUCAAGAAAUAUUAUAUUAUUGCUAUUUGCGAAAAAGAUGUCAUUGAAAUAAACAAAUCUAUUAACCUCAUUGGUUAUUACCACAAUACAAAUGAUAUUAUCGAAAAUGUAGAUAAAAAGUGUAUAGAUUGGAUAAAUAUUUAUCUCGUUGCAGUUAACUCAUCGUCUAAUAGCAAUUACUAUUACUGCAUAGAAAAUAUAAUAAGUAAUAAUAAAAAAAUUAGUCUAUCAUCUAAUUCUAUGGUGAUAAUAAUUUAUGAUUUGUUAGCUUUGCAAGAGACUGAACUAUUUGCUUGUAGAACAACUUCAAACGAUCACUUUUAUGAACUGAUGAGAAUAUUACAAACGGAGGAAGUUAAACAUAGUAUCAAAGUAAAAUCUAAAUUAGAUUCCAUUAAAGAAACUGUCAUUCAUUAUUAUACACUUUUCUGUUUGAUUCCGAUUAUUUUUUUCCUAAACAUGACUAACAAAUUACUACCAGUAUUAAAAUAUUCAUCAUUGGGAAUACAUUUAAAUGGAUGGUUGGAAAACGUUAAAUGGAUUUUCAUAAAUAUAAUGCAAAAGAAAAGAAUUUCCUUGAAAACGGGAAAUUAUAUCGUAGCAACAAUUAUAGAUAUUUUAUUGGGCGUAAUAGUCUUAAAACUGUUGUUAUGUUACUUUAAGGACGUAUCACCAUCUCAAGAAUUGUUAAAGAAUGCAGAGAAAGUAGUGGAAUCGUUGAAAAAUUUGAUUCAAUGGCUAAUGGGUGCUCCAGCUGGCUUAAAAUUAAAUUAUGCAUUUAAUAAUAUGCUUGGAAAAUUUUUCCUCUAUCAUAUACACCUAUGGUGGACAUUUCUAAUAUUUAUGACACCUGUCAUGGAUUUUGCAUUUGAAGUAUUAUUAUUGUUUGGAAGGCUCGGUGUUACUUUUCAAAUAUCGAUAGCAUCCGAUCUUUUAGCGCUUAUUAGUUUCCAUACGUAUUGCAUUUAUGUUUAUGCAGCAAGGCUCUUUAAUAUUCAAUUAAAUGCGCUCACAUCUCUAUUUAGACUGUUUUUGGGCAAAAAGAAAAAUCCCUUACGAGAAAGAGUGGAUUCUUGUCAAUAUAAACCAGAUCAACUAUUCGUUGGGACUUUAUUAUUCACUAUUCUUCUAUUUCUUAUACCAACAACAUGGGUGUAUUACACGGUUUUUACUACGCUUAGACUUUUGCUGACUGGUUUUAGCGGACUUUUAGCUAAAUUAAGACUUUAUAUACAAGUUAUGCCUGUCUAUGCAUAUAUUCAAUGGUUAUUCAAUUCUUACUGUACACGUAGUAGCAUUUAUAUGAAAUUACAUUCGCAACAGUCAGAGAGCGAUAUGACGAUAACUUUAUGGAUGACAAUGGUCACAUCUUCGUGGGGUCAAACAUGGACAAACUGUGUUAUAGAUACUAUAGCUUAUCAACCAUCUAUUAAAUGGAGCGAAAUAUUAAACAGUAUAAUAUGGGGACAAUUAAUUUACCCAUUGUAGCAGAUUACCCAAAAAAAAAAAAAAAACAA